AUGGCGACUGAGAACGGCAACGAUGAUCCCGUCACUCUGGCUGAGACCACUGAGGUCGCUGAGACCGAGGUUACCGAUGUCAAAGGCAAGGGCAAGGCCGUUGCCACCGAGGAGCUCGAGGAUACCUCCAUGGUUUCGGUCGAGGAGGAUGACGAGGAUGAUGACGAGGAUGAUGAUGUGGAUGAGGAGGACGCCGAAGUUGAAGAGGACAACCUCGAGGAAAUCGACCCCGAGAACAUCGUCGGCCGUCGCACCCGCGGCAAGGUGAUCGACUUCGCUAAGGCCGCUCAGGAGAACCCCCCCAAGGAUGACGACGACGAUGAGGAGGACGAGGACUUCCACGUUGACGAAGACAAGAUGGACGAGGACUAA